CAUUUCAGAGAAAACGAAACUCACAGUGCCACACUUCUCUCUCAGUGUGUGAGUGCAGGAAAAUGGCCGAGGCCAGUAUUUCAGUAGCUCAGCUUUCAGUGGACCAGUUCAGCUGUCCAGUCUGUCUGGAUCUACUGAAGGAUCCAGUGACUAUCCCCUGUGGUCACAGUUUCUGUAAGGUGUGUAUUAAUGGCUGCUGGGAUCAGGAAGAUAAGAGCGGAGUUUAUAGCUGUCCUCAGUGCAGAGACACUUUCACUCCAAGGCCUGUUCUACGCAGAAACAACAUGCUGACUGAAGUGGUGGAGAAACUGAAGAAGACUGAAGUCCAAGCUGCUUCUCCUGCUCACUGUUACGCUGGACCUGGAGAUGUGGAGUGUGAUUUCUGCACCGGGAAAAAACAAAAAGCCGUCAAAUCCUGUCUGGUGUGUGUGGCUUCUCUUUGUGAAACUCAUUUAAAACCUCAUCUUGAAAUUCCUGCUUUGAAAAAGCACAAGUUAGUGGAAGCCUCUGGAAAUCUACAAGAGAAGAUCUGCUCUGAGCAUGAUAAAGUGCUGGAGAUCUACUGUCGUACUGACCAAAGCUUCAUCUGUUAUCUGUGUAUGACGGAUGAACACAAAAGCCACGACACCGUCUCAGUUAAAGCAUACAGAACUGAAAAACAGAGUGAGCUAAAGGAGGAGCAGAUGAAAUCCCAGCAGAGAAUCCAGGAGAAGCAGAAGAAGGUGCAGGAGCUGAAACAGGCUGUGAACACUAUAAAGCUGAGUGCACAGACAGCAGUGGAGGACAGUGAGAGGAUCUUUACUGAGCUGAUCAGCUCCAUGGAGAAAAAGCGCUCGGAGGUGACGGAGCUGAUCAGAGCUCAGGAGAAGACUGAAGUGAGUCGAGCUGAACGACUCCUGGAGCAACUGGAGCAGGAGAUUGCUGAUCUUCAGAGGAGAGUCACUGAGCUGGAGGAGCUUUCACACACACACGAUCACAUCCAUUUCCUCCAGAGUUUCCAGUCUCUCUGUGUCUCUUCUGGACGUGACGACUCAUCCAGCAUCACUGUCAAUCAACAUCUCUCAUUUGAUGGAGUGAGGAAAUCUCUCUCUGAUCUGAAAAAGAGACUCGAGGAAUUCUGCGAGGAAGAAUUCAUCAAAAUCUCUGAACAUGUUGAGGACGUUCAGAUUUUACUCUCAGAGCCAAAGAGAAGAGACGGGUUUCUGAAAUAUUUCUGUGAUCUGACUCUGGAUCCCAACACAGUAAAUUAUUACCUCAUUCUGUCUGAGAAGAACAGAGCGGUGACGAGCAGUGAUAUAAAGCAGCCGUACUCUGAUCAUCCAGAGAGAUUUGACUCCUUGUGGCAGGUGUUGAGUAAGGAGAGUGUGUGUGGACGCUGUUACUGGGAAGUGGAGUGGAGCCAUGUGGGAUAUGUGGAAAUAUCAGUCUCAUAUAAAGACAUCAGCAGGAAAGGGCGAGGUUAUGAGUGUGCAUUUGGACGCAACGCUCAGUCCUGGAGUCUGGAGUGUUAUUCUUCUCUCAUUUUCUGGCACAACAACAUUAAGACUGAUCUCAGAGUUCCAUCAUCCUCCAGAAUAGGAGUGUAUGUGGAUCACAGUGCAGGAACUCUGUCCUUCUACAGCGUCUCUAACACGAUGAAGCUCCUCCACAGAGUCCACACCACAUUCACUCGGCCUCUAUACGCUGGGUUUAGGGUCUACAAGGAUGUUUUUUCUAAAUCAGUACCCACAGUGAGGUUGUGUGAUCUAAAAUAAUGAGUCUGUAGUGUUUCAUAUCAGAUAAAAAGACUGCAGAUAAAAAAUUCAUGCACAUUUCCUCAGUGAUCCUCAACUGUGACAAAACUUUAACAUUAAAUGCAUUUAUACUCGGUCAAGGAUCAUCAGUUACACAUAUAAAGGAAAUCGUACUGUAAGAGCUGAAUGUAUUGCCAAUGACAUAUAAACUUUCUACUGAUUUCAGCAAGAUUACUCCUAAAUAUAUUUGCUGUUUUUAAUUAAUGUUACUCAUUUUUCAAAUUAGUGCCCAAACUUCCCAUAAAGUCUGUGUUCACUAGAAUUAUAGUUCUUUGUAAUCUGGUAAUAAUCGUUACGUAUAUAUAUAUAUAUAUAUAUAUAUAUAUAUAUAUAUAUAUAUAUAUAUAUAU